AUGGCGGCGGCAGCGGAGAUCCUGACCGGACCUGAUGAAGGCGGAGCCACGGUGCUGUAUGGCCAGUACACAGACCAGCUGCCCAGUCUUUCUGAGAAGGAAGCAGCCGAACUCCUGAGUGAGAAGAAACCCCAAGGCAAUGGCCAGAGCCCCCUGAAGCGGAGCAGUCAGGCUGAAAUCAAAGAGGAACGUUACUCCAAGUGCCACGCCUGUGCUAAACGCAUCCAGAAGUAUGUUACCAAGAAGCUGGGAGAAGACUGGAUAUUCCUGGUUCUCUUGGGCCUCGUCAUGGCUUUGGUGAGCUGGGGGGUGGAUUAUGCCAGCGCCAAGAGCUUGCAAGCGUACAAGUGGAUGUACAAAGAGCUGCACCCGAGCAUCCCGAUGCAGUUCCUGGCCUGGGUGACCUACCCCCUCAUCCUUAUCCUCUUUGCUGCCGUCUUCUGCCAGCUUGUCUCUCCGCAAGCUGUGGGCUCUGGCAUCCCUGAGCUCAAAACUAUUAUGCGGGGAGUCGUCCUCAAGGAAUACCUCACACCGAAAGCUUUUGUAGCCAAAGUAGUAGCUUUGACAGCUGGUCUGGGAAGCGGGAUACCUGUUGGGAAAGAGGGCCCCUUUGUGCACAUUGCUAGCAUAUGUGCCGCCGUGCUUAGCAAGUUCAUGUCCAUCUUUUGCGGUGUAUAUGAGAAUGUGCACAGGCAGCUCGACCUCCUGGCAGCGGCUUGCGCAGUUGGCGUUGGAUGUUGCUUCGGGGCACCUCUUGGAGGUGUUCUCUUCAGCAUCGAAGUUACUUCCACCUACUUUGCGGUCCGAAACUACUGGCGCGGGUUCUUUGCAGCCACAUUCAGUGCCUUUGUUUUUCGAGUUUUCGCUGUCUGGAACAAAGAUGCAGUCACCAUCACGGCCCUGUUCCGAACGAACUUCCGAAUGGACUUUCCUUUUGACCUGCAGGAACUGCCUGCCUUUGCUGUCAUAGGGAUCUGCUCUGGGUUCCUGGGAGCGUUUUUUGUUUACUUCAAUCGGCAGGUGGUUUUGUCUGUCCGACGGCAUACGGGUCUAAGUAAUUUCCUAACCAAAUACCGCUUGGUAUAUCCAGGGGUUAUAACCUUCUUGAUAGCAUCUGUGACAUUCCCUCCAGGCUUUGGGCAGUUUAUGGCUGGAGAGCUGAUGCCCAGGGAGGCCAUUAGCAGCCUCUUUGAUAACUACACUUGGGUCAAGCACACAGAAGACCCCCAGAUCCUGGGGAAGUCUGCGGUCUGGAUCCACCCCAAAGUCAGCGUGUUUGUGAUCAUCCUCCUCUUCUUCCUCAUGAAGUUCUGGAUGUCUGUGGUGGCCACUACCAUGCCGAUCCCCUGCGGAGGCUUCAUGCCUGUGUUUGUGCUGGGGGCUGCCUUUGGACGCCUGGUGGGUGAAAUCAUGGCCUGGCUCUUCCCCGAUGGAAUACUAUUCGACGGCAUUCUUUACAAAAUCUUACCUGGAGGUUAUGCGGUGAUCGGCGCUGCGGCUCUGACCGGCGCAGUGAGCCACACGGUGUCCACAGCGGUGAUUUGCUUUGAGCUGACGGGACAGAUCUCUCACAUCCUGCCCAUGAUGGUGGCCGUCAUCCUGGCCAACAUGGUGGCCCAGAGUUUGCAGCCGAGCCUCUACGACAGCAUCAUCCAAGUGAAGAAGUUGCCCUACCUGCCGGACUUGGGCUGGAAUCAGAUCAGCAAAUACAACGUCUUUGUCGAGGAUAUUAUGGUGUGUGACGUAAAAUUCAUCUGGUCUAACUGCAAAUACCGGGAUCUGCAGGCACUGCUACGGGACACAGCUUUCAAGACCUAUCCUUUAGUGGAUUCUCAAGAAUCCAUGAUUCUCCUGGGCUCAGUGGAGCGGCCAGAGCUCCAGGGCCUUCUCCUCAGGCACCUCAGUCCAGAGCGACGUCUGCGCCUCACCAAGGAGGCGCUUCAGAAGCCUGAUGAGGCACCAUACGAUGAGAAAUCUGCAUGGAAGCACGAAUCCUUCGCUUUUGUGGAUGAGGAUGAGGAUGAAGAGGAGAAGACUGAACUGCCUCAGCUGCCCCCAUUAGCCCCCAGUCACCCAGAAGAGCCCAAUGGCCCUGUGACUCCUCACAAGCCUUUGCCAGAGACACCAACUCCUCAAGAAACUCCAGGCAGGAGAUUCUGGCGACUGACGAGGCAGCUCCUGUGUUUUUACCACCCUCCGCCUCAACCGGAGCUGACUGAGCAGGAUUCAACGGACAUUGUAGAUACCAUGAAGCCAGAGGAGAUAGAAGCUUGGGAGGAGGAGGAGCUGGAGAAAGAGGUGUGCUUCGACAGCUGCCGCAUAGACCCUUCUCCCUUUCAGCUGGUGGAGAGGACAUCCCUGCACAAGACACAUACCUUGUUUUCUUUGCUGGGCCUCACCCAUGCCUACGUAACCAGCACGGGGAAGCUGAAAGGCGUGAUUGCAUUACAAGAGCUCCAGAAAGCAAUUGAAGGCUCCACGAGCUCUGGCGUCCAGCUGCGCCCUCCCCUCGCCAGCUUCCGUGACGCCACCCAGACCUCAACCAAGGAGCAGGCUAAGUGGGCCACGCAGGCAUGGAGCAAGCCCAGCGUCAACAUGGCGCCUGGGGGGACCACUGAGGACUCAGGGACAGACACCUCCGUGGCCCCUGGUUGUCCAUGCCCACAAACAUCUUCCAGCCCAAAGGACAGGAAAGGGACACGCUCCAUGUCGGUUGCCGAUAUGGAACUGGAGGAAAUGGAGCGUACCGGCCCGGCCGCUGAGAACAUCUCAGACAUCUUGAAGGACCUCGACCUGCACGCCUCCGACCUGGAUGAGGAGGACGAAGAUGUGCCGCUAUAAUUGUACACGGAAGGGGGCCCAACCCGCCCCCUUCACCAAGCUACCCCUGCUACACUCGUGCUUUGGGGAGAGUCCUGUGGCCCGCCCCGUCUGGCUCUUAUGGAUGGCGACUCAUGCCGCAGGACUUGGGCUAAAUGGACCGGCUCUCCUGCCACUUUCAAUGUGUGGAAGGGGGUACACGGGAGGGACCUGGGCUGGAGGAAUCCGGGAAUACAUCCUCUCCUUGUGCUUCCUUCGAAAAUGGUGAUAAAAGUGUGUGAAGUGCUCCGUAGGGCUGCCUUCCCUGCCGGGGAGACGUUCGUGGCAAAAGGUGAGGUAAUCUCCCCGUCAGCUGAAGCCGCCCGCCUCCCCCGUUGCCAACAGCAUGUCGUAUCUGUCACCGUUUCUCUUACCUCGUUCGAUACAACACCUGCCGACUCACAGCAUGGUCUGGAGGAGAGGCAGCAGGAGGAUUUAACAGAGGGUCGGUCCACCUGUCGAAAUAACCCAGCCCUGUUUAGGAACAUGUCCAGAAUGAGAAGGGAAAACUGCUUCUCGUGUAGUCCCCCUUUUUGCGGUGUCUUUCCCAAAUGUAAAACUGACCCUGCCCUCAGGACUGUGUUUCAUAUCUUUCACAAGCCCCUUUCGCCUCUGCCCUUAGAACACGUCUUCUCUGCCAGACCCCCGACCUCCUCCCGCCUUCCCACCCAGAAAUCUCCACUCACCUGUUCGAAACUUCCACCCAGGCAUUUCUUUGGGGCUAAACGGAAGUAGGAUGAGAAGAACUAGAAGCAGGGCUUAUUUUAGGCCUGUUCAGAAGUUAUAGUGAACAUACAAACAUCCUGCCUGCACGGGCAUACAUCUGUUUGUGAGAGCCAACGCACGUUCCCUUUACAAAUGAAACCGGGGACCAGUACCUGGAUAAAUGCGUAGUUUGAAUCACACAUUCAGAAUGUAGCAUGAGAAUGACUUAAUGUACAGAUGAAGAAAAAUCAAGUGCACACUGUACUUAGAUUGUAUGGGCGUUCACUUCAACUGGUGAAUAGGGCCUCUGUGUUAAAGUGUGUGUGGGUGGGUGGUAUGCCCCAGACACGGGAGAAAAAUAAGGUAAUGGCAGGAAAGGAGCCUGCUGGAUUUUCAUUAUUUAAUCUGUAUAUUUCUCUACGAUACUCAGGGCUUUCUGAAAGCUGAAGAUUCCUGUGCCUUGAUUCAUUGGAGCGCACUAGGAGCAGCUGAGUCCUUUUGAAAAAGCAAAAAUCCUGCCAAUUAGCUGUUCGGCAAGGAAGGGUGUGUGUGCAUAAAUUAAGCCCCCUCACUGUGAUUUUUUUUUGGGGGGGAAGGGAGGGGGUAAUGGUUUCUGCAUGCAGCUGCAGCAGAUGGAUUGCAGAAGUGAGCUGUAUGGACGGAGCCAGGCGGGGGCGUGCUGUUCCCCAGGAAGCUAGGGAUGUGCGCACAGAGGUCUGCUUCCGCAUAGCGGGAUUGGGGUGCUAGCUAGGAGCAAAAUGGCAAAAGCAGAGGUCUCAGGUCACUAGAUUGUGUAAGGCUGUAUAUAUAUGUGUGUGGGUGGCUCCUAGAGCUCCUGUUCUUCUUUUCUUUUUCUUUUGUAAUGCACUUGUCUUAAUCAUAAGCAAUCCAGGUAAGGAAAUGGGGGUGAUGGGAAAUAAAGAGAACGACUGCUUCUGA